AUGCCGCCCCAUAUAGUCCACCAUCCCUCUGAUGUUGUAGUGAAAGUUGGGAAUCCUGCCACACUGUCCUGCCGGGUGGAUGGCAAACCCAAGCCAACUAUUGAGUGGCUACACAACGGUCAGCCCCUGGAGACAGGGAAGGGAGAUAGACAUCUUCAACCCAUUGUUCUGUCAGAGGGGAGCCUCUUCUUUUUGAAUGUGGGAAGUGGCAAGCGUGGUCCAUCACAUGAAGGUUUCUAUGUCUGCAUUGCCAGGAAUUCUGCUGGCAUAGCUAUCAGCCGCAACGCAUCACUCUAUAUUGCAGUGUUGCAGGAUGAGUUUGUGGUGGAACCCAAUGAUGUGGAAGUGGCAGAGGGGGAGGUUGCUGUUUUAAACUGUGCUCCUCCAUAUGGACACCCAGAGCCGAAUGUCAUCUGGAAGAAGAAUGGCCUACCCAUUAACAACACUGACCAUCAUUACACUGAGCUGGGUGGGAAGCUGAUCAUCGCUCCUGCAGAGAAGAACCACUCUGGCUCCUAUAUCUGUGUGGCCCAAAACAGUGUAGGUGUGCAAGAAAGCAGAGCAGCUCGCCUCUCUGUGCUGGCAAAGCCUGUGUUGGUGCUGAAGCCAGAAAAUGUGUCAGUAAGAAUAGGCGAAUCCACUCAGUUCUACUGCCAAGCUAAAGGAGAGCCCCCACCUGCUGUAGAGUGGAGCAGAGAGCAGGGACCACUCCCCAAUGGCAGGUAUCUCAUUAACCCAGAGCAAACGCUACAACUCCAUUAUGUGAAAGUAGAGGAUGCUGGGAAGUACAUAUGCACUGCUGUCAAUCAUGUAGGUGUCGUCUCUGCUGCUGCACAACUACUAGUAGAAGAGGCUGCCAGCGAAGAACAGAAAGACUUCCACAAAGAGCUGUCAGCCCUCCGAGUGGUUCUGGAGAACGUCUCUAUCAUGACCACUGGAUCCAACAUUUCUCUGAUACAGUGGAAGCUUCAGUCCUUCCCAAACCAGCCACAUUAUCUCACUGGCUUUGAGGUCCUGUAUCGCUCUCUUCUGCCCAUCAUCUCAGACUGGACAGCAAAGAAGGUGGCACUGCCCAGGUUCCAGGCUCAGGUCGGUCCACUGAAGAGAGGCUACAGGUACGAGUUCAAGGUCCGACCAUAUGGCAGCAAUUUAUAUGGAAGGGAGAGCAAUACUCAGCUCCUCCGAGUCCCUGAGAAAGUGCCCGGAGCUCCUCCUCAAGCUGUGUUUGUUACAGUCAACUAUAAGCAGAAAAACAGCAUCUGUUUGAGCUGGGAACCACCUCCUCAUGAAAGCCACAAUGGUGUCAUCCAGGGCUACCAGGUAUGGUGUGUGGAGGCUGGUCAGAAGCAGUACCAGAACUGGACUGUGGGCAGCGGGCAGCACAGCCUGAACAUCUCCACUGUGAAAGCAGGACAGCAGUACUGGGUCACCAUGGCAGCAGUGAACGGAGCAGGAGUUGGAACGCUUAGUGACCCUCAUGGAUUCAUCAUCAACCCACCGUUUGAAACUCAUCCAGAGACGGAGAAGAAUGUGUCUGGUGUGCUGGACCUGCUUCAGGACCCGGUGCUGAUCGGUAGCAUGGGUGCCGUCCUGUGGUGUGUCCUCAUGGUUGCAGCUGUCUGCCUUUUCAGACGCCACAGCAGUAUGGAUCCUUUGUUAGCCCGACAUGGCAAGGCUAAAGGUCUGCAUAGACUAGCCAAUGAGAAUGUGAUCAUAAAACACAGGAUGGCCUCUGCAGACCUGCCAUGGCUCUCUGGGAGCUGGAGACCCCCCUUCAACAAGAAGUACCAGGACCUGUGGGCCCAGGGUCACAAUCAUUCUGAAAUUAGGAGUACCAGUCUCCCAGUCUCAUCUAAGGACACCAGUGCGACUGACGGUUGUGGUGUUUAUGGAACGUUUUAUGUGGACUUGAUGGGCAAUGGGAUGAAGACCUUCAACAGUCCUGGACAUUCUGCAAAAUUGUCUCAAGAUUUUCUUCAUCAGCAAGGAACAGAGACCAUCCAGAUUUUCACACAGCCUGCCUCCAAGUCUUCGUCCUGUAGCAGCCGUGAAAGUCUGCCCUGGAAACAGGCCAUACGGCCUCAACCAAAGAUGGGUCUGCUGAGGGAGUCAUGGGAAAAAAAGACCAAUGACAAGCAAGAAUUACAAGCAGUGAACAGUGUGCCCCUACUGUCCAGGAGCCAGGCUUGUCCCUUCAGGGUCUGCAGGCAGAGACUCAGUCACAUUCCAACAGGACACCAUGGGCGCCAUCCUUACAACUGUGGUGAUGCUGCUGCUGGUUCUCGGUUGCUGCAUUACUCUGCAUCACUGCACAUGGUGAAUAUGUUGCCUCCUUCAGUGCUAAUCCCCUCAGAUGAGAGUGCAGACAGAAACAACCUUUCCAUUGAUGACGGUUCUAAUCGUUCCACUAACAUAGAAGACAUGAUCCACCUGCAGUCAAACUGUCCUGGGUCAAGCCAUCGUGGACCACCUGGAUCCAACAAGAACAGCUUCCCUUUCCACGUGCACCUGUCCACACCAUCAUAUCCUGCAUCAUUGGAUGGUGAGCAUGGAGGCACGCUGACCUCACAGGAAGCCACUGAGUACCUGGAGCUCAGUCCCAAACAUGAGAGAAGCAACAGCAUCCUGUCAGAGCAGCAGCCCUCUGUGUCACUCCCGUGUACAUCCACCCUGGAGAACAUGUGUGGGCUGAUCCACUCCAGCCAGCAGGAGGACAACCCCACACCUGAGCCGGUCGGACAGCGUCUGUCCCGCCUGCAGAGCUCCCCAUCCUCCUGUUACAGUGACUUUGACCACUCCCUGUGGAGCACCUGGAGCUCAGCCAUGACCCUUGACUUUGACAGCAACCGCACCAGCCUCAUCAGCUCUGUGAACAGCUGCUACACUCAGGACAGUGCCUCUUUCGCCCGCAUGCUGGCUGUGGCAGCAGACACGUUGAGUGGAGAUGUCUCCGACUUCUCCCCACCUGCAUCCCCCUUCAGCACCUUGUACCCAUCAUUCUGCGCAGAUAGUGAGGUAUUCGAAGAGCUGGAACAUGUUCCUACAUGGGACUGGAGCAUGGCCUGGAUGGAGGAAAUGGAUGCCCAGUACAGAGCCCUGUAUCCCAGCAGAAACACCUAA